GAGACUCUCGCCCCCACUGGCCGCAGGCCAGGCCAUGACCCCGCCCCCUGGACCUUCCGGCGUGCCGAUUGGCAGGUGCGGGCGAGCGCGCUGUGCCGGCGGAGUGAGAGCGGCGCGGCGCGAGCGUGCGGGCAGCCACUCGGCUGCAUGGCGUGCUGCGAGCGGCUGUGUGGCGCGGCCCUGCGCGACGUGCUAGGCCGGGCGCAGGGGGUCCUAUUCGACUGCGACGGAGUGCUGUGGAACGGCGACCGCGCUGUGCCCGGCGCCCCGGAGCUGCUGGAGCGGCUGGCACGGGCCGGCAAAGCGGCGCUGUUCGUGAGCAACAACAGCAGGCGCGCGCGGCCCGAGCUGGCCCUCCGCUUCGCGCGCCUCGGUUUCGGGGGGCUGCGCGCCGAGCAGCUCUUCAGCUCUGCGCUGUGCGCCGCGCUUUUGCUACGCCAGCGCCUGCUCGGGCUACCGGACGCGCCAGGCUCCGUGUUCGUGCUGGGCGGCGAGGGCCUCCGCGCCGAGCUGCGCGCCGCGGGGCUGCGACUGGCGGGGGACCCCAGCGAGGACCCAGGCGCGGCCCUGCGCGUGCGCGCCGUGCUUGUGGGCUACGACGAGCACUUCUCCUUCGCCAAGCUGAGCGAGGCGUGCGCGCACCUGCGCGACCCCGACUGCCUACUCGUGGCCACCGACCGCGACCCGUGGCACCCGCUCAGCGACGGCAGCCGGACCCCCGGCACUGGGAGCCUGGCUGCCGCCGUGGAGACAGCCUCGGGACGCCAGGCCCUGGUGGUGGGCAAGCCCAGCCCAUACAUGUUUGAGUGCAUCACGGAGCACUUCAGCGUGGACCCUGCCCGCACACUCAUGGUGGGCGACCGCCUGGAGACCGACAUUCUCUUCGGCCACCGCUGUGGCAUGACCACCGUGCUCACGCUCACUGGCGUCUCUCGCCUGGAGGAGGCCCAGGCCUACCUGGCAGCCGGCCAGCACGACCUCGUGCCCCAUUACUAUGUGGAGAGCAUUGCGGACUUGAUAGAAGGGCUGGAGGACUGAGCCCAGCUGACCUGCAACCACAGCCCCACCCCCUCCCCACCCAGGUGCCACGGAUGGAGGUGAUGGGCUGAGAGCUGCAUUGAGUGCUACCGGCUCUCUUGCCCCAGUUUCUACACCCUGGCGGGGCUGGAACCCAGGGAAGGUGUUAGGGCCCUGGCGUCCCCUCGCAGCAGUGGCUGGGUCCUCUUUGCUGUCCCAGAAGCUGCCCCCCUUUUCCUACCAGUUUGCCCUGGCCUGACCCAGCCAGGUGGACUUAACUUCCUGCCCUGUGACCUCCCCUUGUUGAAAUCUGGGCCCCGAUGCUGGCUGAAGAUUCCCCCCAACCCUGAGCACUUAAUUCUCUCACCCCUCCUGGGGUCUCUAGAGCUCUACCUGUGUUCCCUAGAUCCUGGCCUUGGGUUCCUGUUGACCAAUCAGAUCUAGGUAACCACAAACCAUUAUUGUCCUGAGCCCAGAACAGACCAAUCGGAAAGCUUAAGUCAUAGUAAUUCGUUGAUGUUGGGUCUUGAGUGGACCAGAUGGCUGCCUAAGCAAUAAUGAUCCUUUGAUGUCCUAAAGCCCUGGUGGACUCAUCGGUAAGGCUAAGUGAUAAGGACCCUUUCAUGUCCUAGAUCCUGGGUAGCCCAGUCAGCAGGUAGUAAUGACCCCUUGGUCUCUUCGAUGCUGAAGAGAACAACCCAGUAGUCAGAGACAGUGGCUUCUUGACAGUAUGGGUCUGACUAAACCAGCCGGAGGUCCAGAUUCCUGUUGAUAAGGGUCCACGUGCUGAUGACACCCCUCCACAAAGAUUUCUGUCCAGGGGCGCUCAGUGGCUCGGGGCUUCUGUAGCUGAGAGCCCUGCCCCCGCCCCGCCCCUCCCCCACAUCGUGGUGCCAGUCCAGUGUUGGUGGUGGCCACAGCUCGGAAUGGGGGCAUUCGUGUCCCUCCCUGUGCUGCCAGUGUUUGCUGUGCCACGUCUCCCCUGUGCCUGCCCCAGCUAUUUAUUAUCGUGUGCUGGUGAUGGUGAGGAUGGGGGCUGGGCCUCCCCUGCCACCCUUACUCGUAAGCAGUCCUUCCGUACUUAAUAAAGUGCGAGUAGGAGCGUCCGUGUGGGUUCAAGUCUGUCCAAGGCAGGGCCGGAGGAGUCCUUGACUGAGCCUGGUCUUCCCAGAACUAGCCCACUGCGACCUUCACCUGCACAAAGUAUGCAGUAGUACCCUAGCCCAGUAGCACGUCAUCUCUUGCUGAGUCUUUAUGUGUUGAUUUUUCAGUUCCUCAGUGAACCCAGCUAAUUUGUAUCACAUCCCAUCCCACUACAGUACUCGGGGAAUCAGGAUGGAAAAUGCGAUGUUACCUUAGACCAGGGCACACAUCUAGAGAGUGUCCUUGCCCUCUGGGAACUCAGGCACCUCCACACAUGGGAUGCUGUCCUGCUGGCUGUGAGCAUCCGCAGGCCAGGUGCUCAUUGCUGCCUCCCUGGUGCCUUGUGCAGAGCGGGUGCCCAGCUGCGAAGGUAGCUCAGUAUGUCCCACAGAAGCUGAGUGGGAGGAUGCCAUGACUGUUCCAGGCCUGCCUGUUACUCACUUGUCACUUGAGCUUGCAUAAGCCCCUUUCUGCUCAGCCUGCUUCCUCGUGUGUAAAGUGAAGGGUGGGAUUCGGAGGUCUGGGGGAUUCUCUUCAGUGUGAUUCUUCUUGGGAAGAGAGCAUGCUUGACAGCCUGGCUGCAUCAUGAAGCCAGAGCAAAUGUGCAUUCAUGGAUACCUCUGGACGUGGCAGAAACUCAGCUCACCCGGGCUAAGGUAUGAGGGAGUUUGGCUGCCACACUGAGGUGGUCCAGCACUCUCUAGGUAUCCUUUUCUGCUUGCUUCCUCCCAGACAAUGGGUGCUUCUCACCCAACCAACAUCCCAGGGCAGACUUUGGCCUGCAUGGGUUCCUAUGCCCAAAGGGAUGGAGCACAGCUAUUGGCCAGCCUGAGUCAUGCCUUCCCCUGCCAGGAGGGCAGUGCUUGCCUCCCUGGCCCCACUCUGGACCUAGCAGCUACUCCCUACCUUUCUUGCUGACAGAAUCCUGAUUUCCUUCAGGGGAGCACAUGGAAGCAAGUCAGGAGUCAGGGGUAGCAUCUCAGCUAUCUUGAUUAUUUGAAGCUUCAGUCUUAGCCAAUCAUGGCCACCUGAUUUCCCCUAGCCACGGACUUGUGAUGCACUUCUGACCAAUAAGACAUGGGGAGAGGUCUGCGGGGAGACUCUGGGAAUGCUGGCCUCACUCUUUAAGAAGGACAUGGAGGAAGGACCCGCUCUUCUGAGCUUUGGGUAUAGAAGCUGUUGCAGCCAUUCGGUGAUUCUGAAGCACGACCCAACAUAUUUCUCUGCUUCGUGACUCUGCUUCAGCUGACAGAGCAAAAAGAUGGAAGAACUUGCUGGGGUUGCUCCCCCCAACUUUUGGUUUUAAAAAGUUUCAUACUGACCAAAAGUGCAAGGACACUCUUCACUUGGAUUUCCAGUUAAUAUCUCAGGAAGCCGAUGACCCCAAUCCACAAAAUGAAACAACUCCACGCUAUACCCCCUGGUUUCAAUAGUUUUCUGAUUUUGCCUUUUCCCCAUGUUGACUACUUUCUUGGUGACCUUAGAAGUACUUCCCGUUGUCCCUGAAUGAUUGUUCCCUUUGGGGAUGGCUUUGAAGCUAGUGGCCAAAACUCGGACUCCCUGAAAUCUGAGUGUGGUCUGGUAUCAAGGUCCCACGCAGCCCUCUUGAUUUCAUUUUAGCGAUCACAGAUAACCGUAAGCACAGGACGACAUAUUUCGCUUUUUGUUCUUGCAUCCAGUAAACCAACUCCCUGA